AUGUCGGACCUCACGCCCCUCUCGCCGUACAAGCUCACCAAGACCGUCGUGGUGAAGUUUGUCUCGAUGGAAAUCGCGGUGUUUGAGUCCAGUCUGAGGGACAAGGGCCAGAAUGAUGAUGACGACCAAAAGGACGAUGAAGAGUUCAUAGACCCAAACGCGGGCAAGCACGACAUUCUCGGCUUGAACGAGGUAGCCCAGAACAUAUCGGACGACUCCAAGAAGAGGCUCUCCAUCUUACACGCUCAGUUGAUGACCGCCUCGACCAGCCUGCGCAAUAAUGACACGCAGUUCGCCCAGCUCGUCGAUCCCACCGGCAAGGCCAUCUCCCAGCAGUCGAUAGCUUUCGGCAACAUCGAGAAUUGCAGCGAUGGGAUGACCGAGUGGAAGCCGCUCACGAACAAAAUUGCCAGAAUCGACUGGAAGAAGAGGUACAUGAAGAUGGCGCUUACCGCCGACGUGAUGGAAAAGAGUACCUACGACGAGUUCAUGUUGGUGAUCGAGGAGUACACGAAGGCGCUGAAGAACUCGGCGGGCUGGACGGAGAUCUUCGUCAGCCAUACUGAGGGCCUCUUCACCAUGUUGAAGGGUGAGUACGGCGUCUACGUCAAGGAGACGCAGUGGAUCUACCACACGACCUCCACCAAGGCCAACAAUAGAGACGACGCCGAAAAGCCCACCUUGGUCGUGGAGGAAAUGAUCACCCCCAGGCCGGUCGAGAUGAAGAGGAGCGUAAACAGCGUGGCCGCCUCGGGGUUCGCCCUGUUGCAGUCAGGUCUCAUCAAGAAGUGGAGGAAGACGUUGUCUCACAUGACGAAGGUGGACUACAUCGUGCAGAACCUCUUGACCAUCAUGGACCUUAGGGACGAGUCGUCGAUCGCCGAGAUGGGCGAGCCGUUGGCAGAAGCUUUGAACAACUUCGACGCCGAGGCCGAGAGGUUCUUCUCCUUGUUCGAAAACUAG